AUGGAGGAAAACACAGCGAGGAGAAGUGUACUAUUGGUUCCAGUUCCAGCUCAAGGACAUAUAUCUCCAAUGAUGCAACUUGCCAAAACACUUUACAUGAAGGGUUUCUCAAUCACAGUUGCUCAGACCAAGUUUAAUUACUUUGCCCCUUCAGAUGAUUUUGCUGAUUUUCAGUUUGUCACCAUUCCAGAAACCCUACCAGAAACCGAUUUCGAGACUCUCAGGCCAAUACUGUUUCUUCUUAAGCUCAACAAAGAGUGUCAAGUGAGCUUCAAGGACUGUUUGAGCCGGCUGUUGCUGCAACAAAGUAACGAUAUCAUCUCAUGUGUCAUCUACGAUGAGUUCAUGUACUUUGCCAAAUCUGCAGCCAAAGAGUUUAACCUUCCAAACGUUAUUUUCAGCACCACAAAUGCAACCACUUUUCUUUGCCGCACUGUCUUUGAAAAACUCGAUGCAAACAAUCUCUUGGCUACCCUCAAAGGUUCUCUUAACUCUAGAUGUCAAUGA